AUGCCCGCCAACGACCCAAACACGUCCCCUCCCACCCCCACCCUCCUCGUCUCCCUCAACAUCCUCAUAGGCUUACGUUUCUCAAAGGACGGGGAGGUCGAGCGGUCAAAUGGGGAUUUCAUACAUGCCAACAUCGUUAUUACAGUCUGGGAGAAUAGACACCCUUAUGUCUCCCAACUACGCAAAGAACCAUCUGACUACUUAAUGCUCCUUCUCUUCGAUUACUGA